GGUGCGGGUGACUGGAAAUGUGAAAAGUCACCUGAUAGGAUGCUGCCGGUUUGCUUUCUCUCUGCACAGCAUUAGUUCUCCUCGCUUAGUGAUAGUGGAAGCAACUCUGCAAGGUUUUAGUCUGCUCAACAGACUGCAGAGUUUGCUAAAAAUGCAAAACUGAAAUUGAUCUUUGACUGCCUACUUAGUGUCCAGCGGACUUGUAUGUAUUCUUGCCUUCUGUUUCUUUCCAAAACCUCUCUUUUCAAAAGGAAGCUCUAUUCUGCUGCUAUUCUAUUCUAACAAUGCAUUCUGAGAGGUGGCUGUGUGGGUGUUACCCUGCUUUCAGUGUGUGGACAUUUGUGUUCACAUCCUUCAUCAAAGAUACAAUAGCCUGUGAAUCAGAGGAACGGUUAUUUCACAAGCUCUUCUCCCAGUACAACCAGUUCAUCAGGCCAGUGGAAAAUGUGUCUGAUCCUGUCACAGUUUACUUUGAAGUGGCCAUUACUCAGCUCACGAAUGUGGAUGAAGUCAACCAGAUUAUGGAAACAAAUCUGUGGCUAAGACAUAUUUGGAAUGACUACAAAUUGCGAUGGGAUCCCAGAGAAUACGAUGGCAUUGAAUUUGUUCGAGUACCAGCAGAUAAAAUUUGGAAACCAGAUAUUGUCUUGUAUAAUAAUGCUGUGGGAGACUUUCAAGUUGAAGGCAAGACUAAAGCUCUGCUUCGCUAUGAUGGAAUGAUCACCUGGAACCCACCAGCUAUUUUUAAAAGCUCCUGUCCUAUGGAUAUUACCUUUUUCCCAUUUGAUCAUCAGAACUGUUCGCUGAAAUUCGGCUCAUGGACCUAUGACAAAGCCAAAAUUGAUCUUCUCAUCAUUGGAUCCAAAGUAGAUAUGAAUGACUUUUGGGAAAACAGUGAAUGGGAAAUAGUUGAUGCUUCUGGCUACAAACAUGACAUCAAAUAUAACUGCUGUGAAGAGAUAUAUACAGACAUAACAUAUUCCUUUUAUAUUCGGAGGUUGCCAAUGUUUUACACCAUAAACCUGAUCAUUCCCUGCCUCUUCAUCUCAUUCCUGACUGUGCUAGUUUUUUACUUGCCAUCUGACUGUGGUGAGAAAGUGACUCUUUGCAUCUCUGUGCUGCUUUCUUUGACUGUAUUUUUACUGGUGAUCACAGAAACAAUCCCAUCCACCUCUUUAGUAAUUCCCCUUGUAGGUGAAUAUUUACUCUUCACGAUGAUAUUUGUGACUCUGUCAAUUGUCAUCACGGUCUUUGUUCUGAAUAUACAUUACAGGACUCCAACCACACACACAAUGCCCAGAUGGGUAAAAACCAUCUUUCUUAGCCUGCUCCCCAGAGUCCUGUUGAUGCAGAGGCCACAAGAGCAGCAAAAAAAAAGUACCGCCAGAAAAAACAAGAAAUUAUCAGUCAAUACAUCAGGCAAGUCAAAGCACGGCAAGCACAAAGAUAUCAAAUUACACAAGGAGCAGUCAUGCAGUCACUGUGCUAAGGCAACUGAACUCACCACCACCAGACAACUGAGCCAUCAGUCACUGAAAUGGAUGGCAGAGCACAUGGAGUACUCACCAGAAGUGAAGGAUGUUAUUAGCAGCGUUCAGUUCAUCGCAGAGAACAUGAGGUCUCAAAACGAAACCAAAGAGGUGGAAGAUGAUUGGAAAUACGUAGCUAUGGUGAUAGAUAGAGUGUUUCUCUGGGUAUUUGUAAUCCUUUGUGUGUUUGGGACUGCAGGGCUCUUUGUCCAGCCACUAAUAGCAGAUACAUAACUUGAUCUACUGCUUUUUAUCCAUUUCUGGUGUGGAACCGUCCUCUAUAUUUCUCCCCUCUUACAUAAAACCUCUCCUCAUCGCCUCUUCAGCACCUAGCCACAGAGGAAAGGAGAAGGAAGGAGCCUCUAGGAAAGCAAUUAACCCAAAACAGAAUGAUAAGAGGACUGAAAAUGGAAGAUGGGCAUGUUGUCUUUCUAGGUCGGAACAUCUGAGAUUUUUAGAGUGCCUGCCCGCUUUUCCCUCAGUGAUAUCAGCAGUAACAAUAGCACUGAGGAUCACAGAAGCAGAUCCAAGCUAUUGAGAUUUUCCUUUUUUUUUCAGUACAGGGGUCUAUUAGGACAGUUCCAGCAAUUCUGAGUGCAUUGCCCAAAUAGGACUCUACCUGAAUUUAUUUUUAUCUCUUGAUCAUAACUUUUCCUCAGAUUUGAGUUCAUUUACAUUUCCUCUCUAUUUCUCUCCUUAUGUAACAGCUAGCCUUUGGUACGGCAUUUAGAUGAGCUACCACAGUCCUACUGACUGGACCAAUGCUCAUUAUUGUGUUCUUGUGUCAGGGUAAUAAUCAAAUUAAAAUUCAGUCAAAGUAUUCCCUUGACUCUGUAUUAUUUGUUAUAUAAUCUAAAAUAAGCUCUGCUCAUCUUCUGCAAUAUAUGUACUUAUAUGAGGGUCCCAGGACAACAAAGUACAUGCUUAUGUUUGUCUUUGAAGUCAGACGGGUCUUAAGCACUUAAUCAUAAUAGAAGACAAACCUACUUAAUAUUUUGCCCCUAGCCUUGCUGACAUCAGCUGAAGGAUCCUAGAGUCAUCAAAAAGAAUGUACUAUGGAAAAACAAAAAAGACCUGAUCUAUCUGUGGUGACCAUGUAAGGCAUCCACACUUGGAAUCUACAUGCUUCUAAGACCUUUAAAACCGGUUCAUGGGUCACUAAUUUUGCAUGUGAACAGAAGCACUGAAUACCAAGACCUCAGUGAGCUCCAAUAGGAUUUCCAAGCCACAUUUGUCUCAUCAGAUUAACAGUGAUCCCAUUCCACAGGAUCUGCUCUGAAAACUCUUGCUAGCUGAGGCUUGGACAUAAGGUCAACAAGGAAUGAGUUGCUACUCAUCACUGACCAAAUUGGCUUGACAGCAUUGGACUAGUCUGAGUUUUCAUGUACUUUUAAAAUUCAAGACAAACUCAUCCCAGAAGGAGAAGGCUGGCUAUCAUGAAACCUACUCAAAGUUGGACACCUUGAACCAAACAGCUCUGCAGCGUUUUUCCAAUUGCUGGAUUCUCAUGGGUCAGUGAUGUGUGUGCAGACCUGUAACAGUAGAGACACUUCCUUUGGGGCUGAGGUUGCUGCGUAACCAUGUUCCUAACCCUCGUGUGCUUAACCUUGGAAUACUUUGCAGGUGUGUAGCUGUUGUGGUUUCUGUAUUAUGUAGACACUACCCUCAGUUCCCUUGUCUGUUUAGAUUCCUGUUGGAUUUGUGCUGAAGGAUUAUUCCCUAAAAGGUACCACUCCAAUUAAAGCCAAUGGCUUCAGGAGUAAAAAUCCAUUUUUCUUACAAGAGGCUAUAAAUUUUACUGCAGAGUAUCAGUGCAGUGUUUUCAGUAACUGCCAUGUUAUCAGUCCCUCCUCUGAAAAUUACGAGUCCUUGGAAAGAAUAACUCCUUCUUUCUAAAGUCUCUGACUGGCUUUUUACUCUUUCUCAAUACUUUAUAAUAAAGAGAAUAGGAGAAAAUAAAUGUAUAUGUUAGAGAUAAAGGUGGAGCGACAAGAAUAUAACAGUCUUAAUCCAGUAGUUGAAAUACUUAUAGUCCUAAUUUUCUAGAAGAAAACCAUAUUUUCCGUAACCCCCCUGAAUGUUGCAUAAUUAUGUACAACAGACAGAUGUAUGAACAAGCAUGCAUUAUUUUGUCAGCCUGUCAAUUAAAUAUAGC